AACAACAAGAUGGCUGAGAGACAGUGCUGUUGCUGUUCAAAGGGCAGCUCCUCUUUAAAUCAGAGGAAAACAGAGGCUUCUUUUGGCUUCACGACAGAGACUGACGGCACCAAACAAAGCAGCUGAUUCAUCAAACGUUCAGAACUUCAUCCAGGAGCGUCUCUGUGGUGAAGCUCCAGCUGAAACCAGCCUUAUCUGAUCACCUGCUGGGUCCUCCUCUUCCUCCUCCUCUUCCAGGUUAGGGUGGAGCUGUCUCUACGUGAAACUCUUGACAGCAUACAGCAGGUGGAUAAAGGAGUAAGAAAUGACUUUAUAGUUGCACUUAAGACCAUAAUCCAUCAACCUCACAGUAUGAGUCAACCGCCCCGCUCCAACCGGGGACGCCGGGAGAGGAACGGAGAGCAGCGGGAUGACAGGUGGUCCUCUCCGGACAGCUCCUCCUCUCGACCCCCUUAUUACCCCCGAGAAGCCGACCGUCCUCCCAGGCAUCAGCGGGACAUGCGCCAGGAGGAGCACCAUGACUCCAGAUGUACCAACAUCUGCUCCAGGAGAGGCAUCGUGCUGAUCUGCUCCGUCCUGACCAACGCCCUGGUCCUAAUCUGCGUGGUCGCAGCUCAGGUGGUUAUGUCAGGCAUGUCUGCAAUGGGCGGCAUGAGCAGUUUCGACAUCAACUCCAACUUCAACCUGCAGGGCACCGAGCUGCAGCAGGUAAGAGAGCUGGACAUGCAGUAUAGCCAGAUGAGGUCGCCCGGUAUCUACUGCGGUGUUGCCUUCACCCUGACCUUUGGAGUCGUCUCACUGCUGUUUGUGGUCGCCGGGAACAAGCCCGCUUAUCGCAUGUCUCAGAAGCUUCUGGUGGGGGCGUUGGCGUUCCAGGCGGUGGGUGCCGUGGUCUACGUGGUGGCCGUUGGCCUCUACCUGCACUUCGUCAUCAAGGUCAACUCCACGGAUGUGUGCAAGCGUCGCGAGAUACUGUACAGACGGAACGGCUACACCUGGAUGAACUGCGACGUGAGCGGGGGUGAUGCAGCCGUGGCGCUGUUCGGGCUCAUCACAGCCAUCCUGUAUGCUGCUGGCACCGGGCUUACGGUUCAGACAUUCAGAGGACUGAAGCGCUACCUGGAGGAGAAGAGGCGGCGGGAUGCAGAGAAACGGCAAAGCGGGGGUACCAAUCAGAGUGCCCCGCUAAGGGCCGAGACAACUUCUGUGUGAAGCAAACCGAGCAGGUGCUAAACCUGCUUGGUUUGGAUCAGUUUGCUUUUUUGGCUCAGGAGCUGCUCCAAAGAAAGGAGGGUCCACUAAAAAUGAGACCUGAAACAGAUUUUAAAACAAAUUAACUCCUGACAUGGAUGCAGACAAUGUUUACAGUAAAGCGACUGGCUGUAGUUCUUCACAUUGCUGAGAUUCAGCCCAACACUGAUCAUAGUUGCAUCUGACACCUUUAUCGUGGACGGAAUCCAGUCCUUUAAGACAAAUGUCUAAGUUUAAGAUUAUACACCAGCAGAGAUUUUAACUGUAGGCCGUCAACUUCCUUUUUUUUUCACGAGAGAAUACAGAACAAUGGGUGUAAUGCAGAAGCUACGAGCCACAUAAUUUAUAUCAAAAUUUAAAAAUAUGCAGGAAUCAGGCCUAAAGGGAAAUGGGACCUUGAACAAAGAAUGUUUAAAACACUUAAACUGUGACUAAAUUUUACUUUUGCUGCCCUUUGGACUCGUUGCCACUUUAAGCCUUUAGUCACCGAUGAAGCUCAGGAUGUAGUGUGGUUGAGUUUUUAUAUUCUGUACAGAAACUCCAGUAACUAAAUCAUGUUACUUAUACUUUUAUGUGUUUCUCAGUGGUUUCUGUAAGUGAAAUUGUUGUAAUUAUGGUGUUUGACACUUUUUUAAAACUUUACAGUAACUAAGCAGGAUCAUUGCAAUCAAAUGAGAAAUAUUCUUGUUUUUAAUGUUGGAUGCCAGUAACAAAUGUUUUUUUUUUUUUUUAUUAAUUCAUGUUUAUACUUUUAUAUCCGCAGUUUGUCUUUAUAAUGAAACUUUUUAUUUGCUGAAAUUAAAACCGACUUGAUUUAAA